AACCUAAUAACCACUCCUUCGAACCCCAGCCCAAGGCCAAAAAGGUGCGGUAUUCGGGCGGAGGUUGUUUACAAGUGAGGGCGAGCCGCGCCGAGUGCCGCACACCCACUUGUUCCGCGAAGCCCUCCAACGCCAGGCUCGUCUGCAUGUGGCUAUUUGGGAGGUUAUUUAAAUCAAGCGCGGCGAGGAUGGGUGAUGAGGAAUACAGCAUUACGCUGUGCCAUGGGACCUCCCGGCAUGAGGUGACAGUGAAAGGGACCAUGGCCUUAGAAGACUUAUCCAGAAUGAUAGAGGAACUGACAGAUGUGCUUCACACCAGCCAAAAGAUCAUACACCGGGGAAAGACCUUAUCCCGGGGUGAAGCAAGUUUGGCGUCCUAUGGAGUGGGUCCGGGCGCCAAGCUAAUGGUGUUGGGCAAGAAACAUGAACCUGAGGACAGUGCCACCUUCCACGCUGUGCUAAAGAUUGAAGAAUCAUGCAUCAAAGUUGAGCGACGUCUUUAUGAUACAAUGCCAGAAGUGGAAGGGAUUUCACAGGGAUACAUGGAGGCCCGGUUGUGUGGGGAAGUACUCACCAGGCACAAGAAGCAGAUGCUUGCAGUUAAUGAAGACUUCAUGCGCCACCUGGAGGAGCUUGAUAGCAUUUCAUUUUCGGAGACAGAUGCUCGUGCUAGGCAACGUCGGAAAACACUAGUGAAGAAAAUCCAGCAGUUGAUGGAACAGUGUGAUAGAGUGCAAGACAACAUCAAUCAGUUGAUGGUGAAGUACACCUAGUAGCAAAGAGGGGUCUUGUGCUAUGACCUCUCGCGAGAUGCUUAACACACAGCUUGUUUGCCUGAAUCUAAUAACUAAGUAGAAGGUUGUAUGUUAUACAUUAGAAUAUUUAUGUUAUGGAAGUGAUCUUGUUAAUGAUCGUAAAAAGUAUGAGUGUGUUAUUGGCAUUAGAGCAUGUUUCUAGCAUUGCAUUCUGGCAGCUUGAUAUGAGGAAAGUUAGCUUUGGGCCAGGUUUCUAGUGAUGCAUGCUAGUAGCUUAAUGCAAGCAGUCCCUUAGAUAUCAAAAAUAUUUGUGACUUUAAAAUGCUUUUGAGAUAAAUAAUUUAAAUAUAAUCUUUGGGGGACAAAAUAGUAUAUUACCAGUUUUAUAAAGUGGAUACUGCAUUUAAUAAUCUCAUUAGCAACUUUGGUAAGGAAAAAUACAGUAAGGUUUUGUUUCUUGAUGUUUUUUUUCCAAAAGUUUAACCACAGUUUAAUAGAAAGUUGUCCCUGGGACUACAACUGUUUGUAAUUGACAUACAAUAGCAUUUUUUCUUAACAUUUAGCAAUUUAUUAAUAAUUAAUUACUCAAUUACUAUGGGGUGCUAUUAUCUCAUUUCCAUAUCAAUAAAAAGUCCAGAUUUAUAAUAAAACUCAAGUAUUAUUAUAAAAUAGAGUAAAAGAAUAUUUGUCUAAAUUCCAUUAGUGCAGAAAAUCCCAAAAGACCAAAUUUUUGGAGGAAAAAAAAUCAUAAAGGCAAGAAGUUAUAUCAUGAAAAAUUAAAGAAUUUUGAUGUGAAGAAAAUUAUUUAUAAGAUUCAAACUCUGGAUGGCUGGAAUUAAUAAGUUUUAAAACACAAAUACAGCACAUACUCACAUUCAUGUGUUCAUAAAGUGGUGCACCGCGUUUCACUCAGGACCAGAUAAAUGUGUAAAAUUUGAAUCCAUGAAAGUUGGGGUGAUGAUCCUAUGGGAAAAAAGGGCAGUUGAUCAAGAGCUUCUCUGAAAACUCACCCAAAUACCAUUUCCCCAAAAAUUUAUGGAGUACCUGAAAUCCUAACAAUAAACAUGCUUAGAAUGUG